AGAACAUUUCGUCACGUGUGUGGAUCUUAGUGCCGAUUGUUUCACUCAUAUAUUGUGAGUGUGGCGAGAGACAAAUAAGUAAUUAUUGGUUAACUGCUUGUGGGAACCUCUGGUUCAUUCAGUAAUUUAUCACAAGUUUUUGUGGAACAGAACAAAGAGUUGGUUUUGUGGUGCUGAUUAACUUGUAUUGGCCUAAAAUUUGCUUGAAGCAUUCAUCUACCGAGUAAGGUAACGUACCUAAAUCUUUGUUAAGUGAUAAAACUACGCAAGUGCUACAUUGGCGGCCACGUGCGAGCGUUCUUAACCCGAGAUCGAAGAUGCUUCGUGUCAACUGGCAACGACUGGUCCCGUUGAGAACAGCAUGAGAGACCUGUCUUCUCUGUCUAUUACGUUUAUCUGUAAAUACAGACAGUUCAGUGUUAGUAUUAAACCCUUCAAACUGUCUGAUCGAGCCCUGUGUGUGCGGGCUGUGACGAAGGUUGAAAACGGUCUUGUCCUCAGGUGAAGCUCCCGUAGCUGCGACACGGGAGAGAGAUCUCCAUGUUUUCUAGGUAGCGCCACAUGUUUAUAACCAAGUUUUUCCAAGUCGUCGUCCUGCUGCUAGUUUAUCAACGUAAUCUCCAGAUGGUGACAUGUCAAGACACAGUGAAAGGCACUUUUAGUGCUGACACAUUGAAUAAUAUAAUUCGGCACCAAGGGAAGCAUGGUGUUGAACGGGAACAGAAACUGUACCAUUCAUGUUCGAAGCAAUUUAUGCAGUUAUUCCCGAGGAAGAGAGGACAUCGUUAUGGUGUUGACGCCGUUGGAUCGCGAAAUUCUCCAUUUACACAUGUGCUCAUCAAGUCAACCGUUAUCCGAAACCGUGACGGAGUUACAAUUCGAAACAAGGACGGUUUCUAUUUGUGUUUCAAGCAGAAUGGCAAGCUUGUUGCAAGGCCUGAAGCCGAUGAAAAGCUUAGAUGCCUCUUUAAGGACGAAGAAACAGAAGGUUAUGUUAGGUGGAGAUCUCAGUGGAAGAAAAGUUGGUACAUUGGCUUUGAUGUACGAGGGAAUCCAUUGAACGGGAUAUAUGACAAUCCUAAAAGCGUACACGAUCAAAGGUGUUUCAACUUCAUAAAAUGUUCUAUAAAAAGCUGUAAUCAUUCAAAUUUGGAUCAUUCUGAGUCUGCAGUUGGGCCAACUGGUAAUUUUGACUGGUCAAUUUUGAAUGAAGAUGUAAGACAUAAAAGCCGAACUAAAUCUAUAUUUAAAAGGCAUUUUAGAAACAAAUCUACUUGAAGUUUAUUGAGUAAGAGUAAAAACUGUGUUGUAAAACGAGUCGGUAGCAGGGCUGAACAAUGGAACCAUCUUUCUUGUCAAUCAUCUUUUUACUUUUGAUUCAAAGAGUGUAGUGAAUCAUGAAGUAAAUGUUAUUUUGAGGGCGUAAUUUAUAUGGACAUAAUAUUUUUGCUGAACUUCAUUGGCUUUGUAACUAUAUGAGCAUUUACACAUUGUGAUGUAUCGUAAGUGAAAAAACAAAAACAGUCUAUGAUGCUGAGAUUUCAAGCUCUUCUUUCUUCAUCCGUUGUCAGGAUUGUGCCCAUCUUGAAAUAUUCCAAACGCAAAGGUGUUUCUAACAAGACCGUUCCGGUGUAUUCUGAUAAUGUCCAUAUAUAAAAUAAAUAUAUGGCUGGUUAUUGUUGCAUUCCAGAAACGGCAUAAUAUCAUCAGUCAGUUCGAAACAGCGGCUUCAUAUUUAAUCGUACCAGUUGUGUUAUGGAUCUUACAGAAAUCUUGUCGCAUUUUCCUUUACCGUGACACUGAAAUUGGAUAGAACUUUUGUAUAAUUAUUUUCGGAUUGCAAUUCUUUGGCUUUGAUAGUUCAAUAUCAACGUUCUAAACAUAGAAAACUGGACAAUAAAGGUUUUGAUCAUUUAAACGCAUCUUUUGAUAAAAACUUCAGUUAGUAUUUUUUAUGAAUGAAAGUUACAAAUGUUAAAAAAGAAAAAUACAGUUUAUACGACUAAAAUAUAAUGAUUACAAACACUUUAGAAUAAUCUAAUGCACGUGCAAAAAUUAUCAAAGAAAGACCGAUAAUAGUUUGAAACCACUUAGAAACCAUAACACCUUUCUUUGUUUAUUUACAUGAGAAUCUAUGUACUUAAACAUAAUAAUUGUUAAUUCUAUCUAGAAAAAUUAACUCUAUUAGUUAAGGUAAACAUGGAACUAUUUUAAUGUAAAGUUCAGAUUUUUACUGAUUACACCUAUUCAUUUUAUUUAUGUCAUUAGGUAAUAUAAAUUGACAUAUGUUUUACUUUUAAUAGCAACUGUGCAAAGUUGUAAAGUAUCAGAUGUUGAUACUUUAGUCUCCAUGAUGUGACUGUGUUUUAUUGUUGCUCAAAUCAUGAAAGCAGCUUAUCCUAUUACUAUAGUGCCAAACUAGUUCGUAGUUCGUUCUAGGCUAUUAUGUUUUUUGUAUCACUCGUAUGAGGUUGCAGAGGACGUCGUCAUGCCCUGACGAAACAUUGUAAAGCGUUUCAAGAAGUUUACGAGUACUUGUUUAUGCAGAAGGUUCCGACUUCCUUUUUAUCUUAAUUCGAACAUUCAUUCAUUCACAAAACAGGGGAAACUGUUUAUUACUGUGACUGUAGGGAGAGUUAGUAUUUCUUUUUAAGGAUUAUUUGUUCUUGCAUUAAUUUGGAUGGUUUGUCCCUAAACUCACCCACCCCCUCUUCUUGUUCUAAAAUUUCAAAGAAUGCCUCUUCGUAAAAAGUGCUGCAACCACAGAACGAAUGAUUGUGUAUUUAUUGUAUAAUAUUGUCAAGAGUCACAGAAAACGCCCUUUUAGUUCUUUGUUAAUGUGCAAACAAGUAUUUAGGCUUAGUUCAGUUCUUCAGCCUAAGAGUGUACGUUUCGUAUAAUAUUUAUUGUUAUCAUUCCAUUUAUGAAUGGUAUCAUUGGUGUUUCUGAGUAAUGGAAAAAUGCAAAUCAACCAAACGUUUAUAGUACAGACUGCAAAGCUAUUGCAAACAGAGCUGUUUUAGUAAAGACUUUGGCGUUGUUAUAGACAUAGCUGUGUUUAGUGUAGACUGCAACGUUGUUACAAACAGCUGUGUUUUAUACAGACUGUGAAGUUGUUACAGAUUUAAUUUUAACGUCUGAUUUUUUUUUAAAAAGUAUAAAAACUGAUUUUUAUCUUUGUCUUAUUUACUAAACAUUAUAAAUUAGAUUUAUUUAGAAAUUUUUAAUCAUGUCAUUAACCAAAAAUCUUGUUGAAAACUUCCCUAACUGUUGUAGAAAAUAUACUAAAGUUCAUGAAACUUCCGUUCAUGAAGUCAAACAAAUGGGACAAUCGCGAAUAGAUCCAUGCAAGUAAUUAAAUAUUUCAUUGAUGUAAAAUUAUUUUGCAUAUUUUCUGUCUCGAAUCUCGACUGUAAAAAAUAAAUAAAUGAUAAUAAUAAUAAUACGAAUAUAAGUAACAAUUUUCAUAGGCAAGUGAGUAAGUAUCAAAGUCUAUAUUUGGUGAAACAAGUGUUUUUGUUCCAAUAUAUAAUGUUGGUUUGCAUAUAUAAAUGUGUGUGUUUGAACGUGUGUAUGGAAUAUAUACACCAACUUGAAUAUUUUUUAUUAACCCCGCAGUUAUAACAAAGCUGAAAUACGGUACUAACUGUCAAAUUGUAAUAUCGUGUUAACAUAGAAAAUUCUGUACUAAAACUUACCUUUUUUUAACCAGCUGAGAGGGAUCCGUUAGUGUAUUUUGUAAUUCUGUUCAUGGUUACUUGUACAUACGCAUGUAAAUAUUGUUGAUAUAUUUAUUCAGAUGUUUUAUAUGAAAUAAAAUGGUGUCUUCUUUUCCGA